GAAGGAAUCGCUUAGUUACCUGCUCACGCACUCUACACCUAUUUUUGACUCAUUUAUUGACUGGACUAUAGAGUUUUUUUUUUCCUCAAUGGCGGUUCCUUUGAAUUGAAUAUUUUCAGCGGUUCUAUUGAAAAAUGUCUAGGGAGAAAGAGUUUGGAAAACGUGGCCGUGGUGCCAAUUACACAGCUGAAGAAAAAACAUUAUUGUCCGAGCUGGUGAUGAAGUACAAAUACAUCGUUGAAGACAAACGGAGCGGUGGAAUUUUCAUAAAAAGAAAGAGAGAUGCAUGGGUGGAAAUUGCUCAAAAAUACAACGCCAACUGCACUUCGGGCCGUAGGGAGUUGGAUCAGCUGAAAUCAUUAUACGACAACAUGAAGCAGAAGGCUCGAAAAAAUCUAGGCGAAAGCAAUAAAAUUGAAUAUAUAGCAAGAAUGGAAGAGAAAACUUUAAUUACACAAGAGGAUGUAGCAAGAGCCUUGCAAAAUAUAAAAGAUGACAAGGUGCAGAUGAAUAAAACAGGGGGAGGAGUUUAUAAAGCCAAAACAACAGAAACCGAUGAAAAAAUAUUGGCAAUAAGCAGCAGCAGUGCUAUAUAUUUUAAAUACAUGCCAUCAACAUCAGCUGUGGACGUGAUUGAUAUUGAAGAUGGUGGAAAAGAAAAAAAAUGUGAAAAUGCUUACCUGGAGAAGAAAUAUUUGAUGAUAGGCAUUCUUAACAGAAAAAGAGAACAUGCUCUGCACAUGCUUCAAAUGAAAGAGGAGCAUAAGUUGAACAUGGAAAUUUUAAGAAAACAGUUGUAAAAUUGUACCUUUAAACAGAGAAAACGUUUUUAUACUUACUCC